AUGAAAAAAGUUAAAGUUUUCCAUUCAUUUAUAUUAGUUUAUGUAUUUAAUUAUUUAAGUUACCCUGUCUACUCAAAUCCCACCGAAAAAUCACGAGAUGAAAAGGUGGAAUACGUUGAAGCUGAUAUAAAAAACAUUGAUACAACGAAAUUUCACAUUUCAACAUUUCCAGAUUAUCCAGAAGUUCGUAUAAUAGCUCCAAUAAUUAAUAAUGUAAUAAAAUUAAUAACUAUCAAUGGGCACACACUAUGGGAGAUAACUACACAUUCUCGAUGUUUAAAUUUUUUAACAUUUUCCACAAGUAGUGAUAAGAUUUUCAUCGUGUUGCACACAUCGUAUGACGAAUAUAAGUACUUCACCAACCUCGUAUACGAUCCAACGGAGACCUCCAAUCCAGGUACUUCAGGUGUAGAGAGUAUUCCCCAAAAGUCAACUUACAUGGGAAUAACGCCGUUCAUAAUUGCGUUAAACAGGGAAUUUGGCAGAUACAAUGAAUAUGAAAAGGAAAUUUGGGGUACAAAAUUGAGUAUUGAAGAUAUUUUCGACAAAUGGUACUUCAAGUACUCAUCGAAGAACAUCAGAUUGUGUAACAUUAGGGGAAGAACCACGCUUAAAUAUGAAAAAUAUGAGCCUAAUGACUGUGAAAGGUUUUUAAUGGUUACUGAUAAACGUGUCACUGUAUGGUCAUCCAAGGAAGAUAGUGAUUCUCAACUUCAGCCGUGUAAAAAGGUUGAAGUGUAUCGUGAUCUUUAUCAAAUUAAACUGAUGAGGUUGACACUAGCGAGGGGAUCGAGUCUACAUUUUAAGUAUAAUCAAGAGAAUAAUAAAUGGAACCAAUGCGAGCAAACCGACUUUGAAGAAACGCUUAGUGACAUUGGUUUCACGGAGUCAAAAGCAAAUUCAGAAGAUAGCGACCAAAGUGGUUUAGCAACCAAUACUAAAAGUAAUCUCCCAAGUAAUUCUGACGGAAAUACGGAUCAAGAAUCUGGUAAGGCAGCCGUUGGUCUAGCUACUUCAAGUAUUGACAGCCAUGGGUUAUACCCUGGGAUAACACGUUUGGACAUUGCUGAAAUAGAUCCAAAAGAUUAUCACUUUAUAAAGAACAGAUUAUCAUCGUACCGUAUUUUAACCAUUAUUCCUAAGAAAAAAAGAUAUAUUAAUGAAAUAACGUUCAGAGGCAACAAACUCUACCCUGUUAAAUCAGACGACUAUAAAAUAAUAUUUAUGAAACAAAUGAACGCAUAUUACAUAGAAAUACUUCUUAGGGACAGAGAUACCAAUUAUGUGUGUUAUUAUUGUGAUACAAUAUUGAAUCAACAGUACUGGUAUCAUUACUAUCAGUUUAUUUUCUAUCAACAAAUUCUAGUUGAGGCCGAAAAAUAUGAUGUUCAGAGUUGUAUCACAUAUAAUCACUUUAACUUGUUGGAUGAGUUGAUUAAAACGGGAGACCCAACUAAUACUAAUAAAUUUUCGCAUACUUUUCCAUUUAAUAAUGUGAAUAAAGAAAAGACAACUGGUGUUAAAAAAAAAUAUUUGAAUACGACUUUCCUUUCACUGUACGACUGUCUGAAGAUGGAAAUGAAAUAUUAUAUAUCGUUGGGGAAUAAGUAA